CGAUGCGAAAUCGGGAACGACCCAGACAGGCUGCAGAGAUGAAGACUUUACAAAUUCUUGUGGAUAGACGAGUUCCAAAAGUAACCGCCGUGACCUUUGGAACCGUCAUGAGAAAAGUUGUUAGCCAUUACAAUACCACCUAUCCACAACGGAAGCUGGUAUAUAAUUAUAAUAGAGGUUCUCGGUCUGAGAUCAAUUACGUUCACAGGGUGAGAUCGAAAUACUCAAUGGUGAACACGAAGACAGGCGCAAAAAGAAGCUGGGAGAAAAUACCGCAACGAAAUCCUAAAGUAUGCUCUUGGCGCCAUACACGCGCAAAGCGAUUCAAGUCGACUAUCGAAGCCUGGACUAGCUUUUAUCUUAUCCGUGAGGAUAUUUGUGCGAAAAUGGGACUGCCUCCAAAUUCCGACCUUAGAGGCAAAGUUGUGCUGGUGAAUCUUGACGAGGUUUGCAUUCGGCGACGAUACGGGCAGCGCGGUGGAUUCAGUGCGAAUCCAUUUCACGUGAAGUUACGAAUUAUCAGACGACGUGCUUCUAUCUUAGUAUGUGCAACUUGUUUAAUGUAAUCUCUUUUAAUACAAUCUAACUAUUGAUUCGUUUGGGAUACAAGAUUGCGAUACGGCAGAUCAGUCAGGGACUGUUUUAUGCGUUGCGGCUUCGGAUACGGACUAUCUUCCUCCUCUGGGUACUGCUGUCCUCCCCAAGGAUCAUUUUUGUGGCCCUUCGGAAGAUAAGCGCAUGAGGAGGAAAAAAGCUGAGGCUGCCAUGGAGCCAUUCGGAAAAUGUAACUUCUCUGAUAUUUCGAAGACAGCGCGGAACGGAAAGGUGAACAAUGGAAUGUACUUGGAAGCUUUGGCAGCACUCAUCGAGCAUAAAAAGGAAGUGGAUAAAAGGAAGAAAGUGGAAACGCACAUGAUCAUCAUCCAUGAUGAUAGUAAUGUGCAUAACAUACCAGAUGGGCUGGCGUGGACCUGGAAAAAUGUUUUCAAUGUUAGAUUCUGCAAGAUAGGAGGCGGAGGCACAGCGACGAUACAGCUGGUCGAUAUGGCAGGUGGACCUGCUCAAAAGGUGUCACAACUAGGGAGGCGCGCAUGUGAAGAGUCUACAUGUGACACUUAUAUGAAUAAACGCUUUUGGGAAGGUCUUCGCGAUGCUAGUCGCAGCUGGGGUUCGCAGCCGGUUUUCGAUUCUCUUGGAUUCCGUCUUGUUAUGAGUUUCUGUUUCUCAUUACUCUCAACUCAUCACGAAUUUGUCAAGUGUAAUCAUCAGUAUCGGCUAGUGUGAAUUAAUUACUUUCUUAUCUAAUGGAGAUGGACAAGUGGAGGUUCCCGAAGACUUUGUCACGCCCCUUCGCCGUUUUUUGAUCAAAGCUAUCGAGGAAAACCCGAUCGAUUGUGGGCGUAUCAUGGCGGAAGCGCGGGCGCAUCGAUUGGCUGGACAAGAAGCAAGCAAGGUGGAACUGGAGAACGCUUCACGGAAACAAAGGUAUCUGAUUUUUUACAUGAGUAUAGCUUAUAUAUACUUACGAUCUAGCUCGGAAGAAGAACUCGACGAGUGUUUAAUUUUGGUCUUGCCGCCGGGCUGUUUCGUGCUUUCAAGUAGUAAAAAUAUACGCGUCGUUUUAGCUCGUUUACCUAGGUGAAGUUUUAGUUUUUGCCUCGCUUAAGUAGGUCCAAAUCCCGUUCGUUACAAGGGGGCGCUCCACUUCUUUCAUUUCGCGAGAUACGCGAGAGAGGUCGCCGCCGUCUGGUUGCUUCACGCUGGUCGGCUUGUGUUCCCCUGGCUUGGCUUGUCUUUGUUCCAGUUUGGUCGGUCUGUGUUCUUCUGGCCUGGCUGCUCUUGUGUUCUACGUCUUCCUAUGUGCUCCCCUCGUGCGCUCCUGCCGUGUGUCUAGUCUCUGUGCCGUGGCGCGUCGUCCCUCUGGCGGCCGUAGGCCGCCCGGGACGAGGGGGCAGAGGGUUGCCUUGCUGGGCUGUUCGCGUUGGAUUAUGCGACGCACACCACGCGCCCGCCAGCGCCUACCAGCGCAGCGUGGCGCGUCGUCCCUCUGGCGGCCGUAAGCCGCCAGGGACGAGGGGGCAGAGGGUUGCCUUGCUGGGCUGUUCGCGCUGGAUUAUGCGACGCACACCGCGCGCCCAUCAGCGCCCACCAGCGCAGCGUGGCGCGUCGUCCCUCUGGCGGCCUACGGCCGCCAGGGACGAGGGGGCAACGCGUGGCCAUCUCGUCCCCCGCCCCCCUUGUACAAGGUUAAAUGUUUGCGCGACUGCGAACCCAUACAACGAGCCUGCAACGAAGAGCGCGCCCCCGGACUGUGCCCAACCGUGUAACCUUGUACAAGGGGGGCGCGGGGCACAAGGGGGGCGAGGGAAUGCUCCAGACAACCGGCCGCGUAACGGAAGGGCUAGCCCAUGCCCCAUCGUCCCUGGCGGCCUUCGGCCGCCAGCGGGACGAUGCGCCAGACAGGGCGCCCUCCCAGGCUUCUGCGGUCUUCCCGGGAGAUGUUCUCGGUUGAAGUUAUCUCCUUGGCUUUCUUCGUGUGCGUGUGCUACCUAUACCGGGCGCACUUCUGAGAGCUGGAGGCAAACAGGUUGAGCCCUUCCCGUUAAGGAUGUUCCAGACUCUUAAAAAGGGGGGCGAGCCCGUGUCUGAUGGUGUCGCCUGUCGUCUCAGUCGGUUUGUAUCGGUAGCCGGAGGGAUUGCAGAGGAGACGGGCACGCCGAGCGAGCGGCGAAACCGAUAAGGGAAUGGCGAAAGCACCUGAAAAGAGCCCGGAAAGACGGAGGCGAAACCGAUAAGGAAAUAUGAAAAGGAGGGCGACGAACUGGCCUCGCGAUCGGCGGACUGGCGUCCCAAACUGUGAAGAAAAGUGGCAAAAUAUCGAAAACGGCCGAGAAGCACCACUGUCCCUUAGCGGUUUCGCUUAAGAGUUUCGCGGGGAAUAUUUCAAAGCAAUUUUUUGGCUGCUGGAAUAGUUUCCGCGUGAGUGUUUUGAAAUAAGGCGAAAAACGGCGCACCCAGUUCGUGCCAUGCGAGAAUCGAACUCGAUGCGAGGGCUUGGCCACGCCCGUCGAGUUCUGCGGCGAGUUCUUCUCGUGGGGCUAUCUGAGCGAGCACAUGCCGACACGCUUCCCAUUAAAAAAGAAAGCCCUAAAGUUCAAAGCUAACUUUUUUAAUAGGAAGCGUAUCGACACGCGCUUGCCCAGAUAGCCCCACGGGGAGAACUCAUCGCAGAACUCGACGAGCAUGCCCAAGCCCUCGCACCGAGUUCGAUCCCCACACGGCACGAACUGGGUGCGCAGUCUUUCGCCUUAUUUCAAAACAUUCACGCGAAAACCAUUCCCGCACCCAAAGAAUUGCUUUGAAAUAUUCGGCGAAUAUUCCCAAAUAUUCGGAAAGUGUUCGAACAUUCCCAAAUCUUAACAAAGCAAAAAAGAAAAAGACCGCCGCAGCGUCUCCGGCAAAAAUCACCGCAAGGGCCUCGCGGGUCUCCUUAUCGGUUUCGCUUCGUCAUAUUCUAUCCCCCAAAAGACUGGCCACAGACAAGAGGCCCCACCGGUCUCCACGUGGCGGCUUUUCGAUAAAACCGCGCGCGCCUCCAUCAUCCAUCUGCUUCCACUUCUUUCAUUUCGCGAGAUACGCGAGAGAGGUCGUCGCCGUCUUGUGUUCCCCUGGCUUGGCUCGUUUUUGUUCCAGUUUGGUCGGUCUGUAUUCUUCUGGCCUGGCUGCUCUUGUGUUCUACGUCUUCGCGCGUGCUCUCCUCGUGUGCUCUUGCCGCGUGCCUAAUCUCUGUGCCGUGGCGCGCCGUCUCUCUGGCGGCCGUAGGCCGCCAGGGACGAGGGGGCAGGGGGUUGCCCUGCUGGGCUAUUCGCGCUGGAUUAUGCGGCGCACCCCACGCGCCCACCAGCGCCCACCAGCGCAGCGUGGCGCGUCGUCCCUCUGGCGGCCGUAGGCCGCCAGGGACGAGGGGGCAGAGGGUUGCCUUGCUGGGCUGUUCGCGCUGGAUUAUGCGGCGCACACCACGCGCCCAUCACCGCCCACCAGCGCAGCGUGGCGCGUCGUCCCUCUGCUCUGGCGGCCGUAGGCCGCCAGGGACGAGGGGGCAAUGCGUGACCAUCUCGCCCCCCGCCCCCCUUGUACAAGGUUAAAUGUUUGCGCGACUGUGAACCCCUAUAACGAGCCUGCGCCGAAGAGUGCGCCUCCGGACUGUGCCCAACCAUGUAACCUUGUACAAGGGGGGCGGGGGGCGCGGGGUACAACGGAAGGCGGGGGGAUGCGUCAGGCAAACUGUCGCCCGUGUAACUGAAGAACUAAGGCAUGCCCUAUCGCCCCGCUGGCGGCCGAUGCGCCAGACGGGGCGUCUUGCCAAGCUUCUGCGGUCUUACCGAAAGGCGUUCGCGAUUGAAGUUAUCCCCUUGGCUCUCUUCGUGUGCGUGUGCUACCUAUACCGGGCGCACUUCUGAGAGCUACAGGCGCACAGGGCUAGCCUUUGCCUGUAAUGAUGCUCCGGACUCUUAAAAAGGAGGGCGAGCCCAUGUCUCAUGGUGUCGCCUGUCGUCUUAUUCGGUUUGUAUCGGUAGCCGGAGGGAUUGCAGAGGAGUCGGGCACGCCGAGCGAGCGGCGAAACCGAUAAGAGACUGGCGGAAGCAUCUGAACAGAGCCCGGAAAGACAGAGGUGAAACCGAUAAGGAAACGGGAAGAGGAGAGAGGCGGACUGGCCUCGCGAUCUAGGGACUGGCGUGCCAAACUGUGAAGAAAAGUGGCAAAAUAUCGAAAACGGCCCAGAAGUGCCACUGUCCCUUAACGGUUUCGCUUAAGAGUUUCGCGAGGAUCCGCGCGAAACUCUUAAGCGAAACCGUUAGGGGGCAGCGGUGCUUCGGUUCCCUUUUGGAUUUCUUUGCGCCCUUUUUCCUCAAUUUGCUUCCCCCGAUCUUGCUCAAGGCAUGGCCGCCCUUUGCUCUUGUGAGUGCUGUCCCUUUUGCUAUCGGUUUCGCGUGCUGCCUUCGCCUCUCCUUUUCUGUGCUUUUCUGGCAUCUGCUUAUCGGUUUCGCGUCGGCUGCCUGCCCUCGUUUGUUUCUCGCGCCUCGUCGCGUCCCUCCCGUGGCGUUCGGCUGGGCAUGCUCUCAGCAUUUUCGGCAUCCUCUGGGCCCUGCGUCUUCCUUCCACCAAGUGCCUCGUCUCUAGUGCGUUUGGGCCUCGUCAGUCUCCCCCCCCCCCGCGAACCUCUGGAGCGAAACCGAUAAGGGACAGCGCCGCUUCGGCUCCCUUGUAGAUUUCUCUGCCCCCUUUUUCCCUCAUUUGCCUCCCCCGGUCUUGCUCAGGGCGCGGCUGCGUUUUGCUCUUGGGCCGUCCGCUUUGUUAUCGGUUUCGCGUGCUGCCUUCUCUCCUUUUCGGUGCUUUUCUGGCGUCUGCUUAUCGGUUUCGCGUCGGCUGCUUUCCCUCGUUUGUUUCUCGCGCCUCCUCGCGUCCCUCUCUAUAUAAUGCCAAGGGUCGGCUACUUUGCGCCGCGGUCCUGCGCUGAUCUCUUGGGAGGCACUUGCGCGCCGUCUGAGUUUUGUGAACUGGGCAGCAGCUGGCACGCCUGUGAGGGUAUACCUACGCGGCAGGCGUCUCCCCUCUCAGGUGUGAAGUGGGUCCAUUUUUAAUCGGCUGGCAAUGGCAAGCUCUGCGCGGGCUGGCUCGCAUGUCGCUGCCGUCUGUUCCUCUCUCUUUCUUUUCUCCGCUGCACGCCUUCCGCGUCAAGGAAGAGUGACACGAUGCACGCCUUCCGCGUGGCGUCAACGCGGCCAAGGAAGCCGGCACCUUCUCCAGCACAGGGGAAACACGCGACACGGCGUAGGCGCUCACAGCAGGAGCGACGGCCCUGAGGGGAGUCAAGGACGGGCCCGCCCCCUAGAGGGUCCUACGGGAAACCCGUGCAGAGAAAGCGCUGGCUCUUUGUAGGUCUGAAGUUGUCAGGGUUUGGAAGGCUCAUGGACUUUUAAGCCCUACAGGCUUCAGACUCGUGAGAAGAGCCGCCAUCUUCGGCGUUGUUUUUCCCUCGGGGCCAUCCGUUCCCUCCCCCUUCUGCGAGUCUGAUACUCUGAUGGUUUAAAAGCCGCACGCCUUUGACGGCCAAGGACAUUGCGCGCGCACAGUCGCCAACUGCUUGCAAAGUCCCGGCUUUCUUGCUACAGGUGUCUGCUAGUAUAGGCGUAAGGGGGUCGCGAUUUUGUUGGAAACUAAUGGGGGAAAUGAUUCCACACUUUCCUCCAUUAGUUUCCCGUGGGACCCUAUAGCGGGCGACCUAAGCCAAACCCUGAGGGGAGUGGAACCGGAUGCCAGGAAUCAAACGAAGCGGGAGCGCAGGACAUGCUAACCCUAGGGAGAGACGAGGCAGAAACGAACUAGAGGGCGACAAACUUGGCGAAAGGAGGACGCAGGGCCCCGAGGAUGCUGAAAAAACUGAGAGCGUGCCCAACCUAACGCCACGGGGGCGCGCGAGGAGGCGCGAGAAACAAACGAGGGAACGCAGCCGACGCGAAACCGACAAGCAGGCGCCAGAGAAGCACAGAAAAGAAGAGACGAAGGCAACACGCGAAACCGAUAACAAGAGGGGCAGCGCAAGAGCAAGCGGCGGCCAUGCCCUGAGCAAAAUCGGGGGAAGUAAAUGGAGAAAAAUCCAAAAGGAAUCCGAAAGGGAACCGGGGCACCGCUGUCCCUUCACGGUUUCGCUUAAGAGUUUCGAGGGCGAAACGCCACCCCCGAGCGAAAGCGUCUGAACUGUUUCCCCGUAGGCCGCUUCCGCAGGCGACGUAGCCCCUACGGGUGCCCCCGAGGGGGCCGCAUCGUUUUCCAUCACGGCCACGGAGAAAACUGGGGGGGACUUAUUUCCCCUUUUGGACACUAGUCGGUGCUGGUGUUCACUGGUACCCCCCGAAGCACCACGACCCCGCUGAUUUAUUUUCCCCGUGGCCGCGAUCGGGAAGCCGGUGGGGAUUUCCGUCCAGCAGUCCCCGCGGCAGCACCGCUGCCGCGCUAGAUUCCCCCACCAGCUGCGGCGGCCCUCUUGCUGUGCUCUGAUGGCUGGAGAGACGCGCCCAAAAAGAGCCGACGUCUGAAGGCUUUUGGGCGAUACCUGAGCGAAAACCUGGAAAAAAACCGAGGCAGCAGCAAAAGCCCCUGAGCCCGCGUGCGGGGGGGCCUCGGUUAGGCCUGGCGCCCCGAGCGUGGCAGCCGGUCCGCGAAAGGUCCAUAAGUAGCGGAGCACACACGCCUUGCUACUGCCCAAAAAUGGUUGACCUUGGGCAAGUUUUGGGAACGAUCUCAAAGAAAGCCAGGAAAAAGGCCGAGACUGAAGCAAGGGACCGCGACCCCGCACGCGUGGGCGCUGCUUUUAGUCUGAUGCCCCACGCCCGGCAGCCGGUCCGCGAUGAGUCGAAAACUAAACCAGCGGGCCCCCUCUGGCCUCAGCCUGGCCUCAUCCGGCUUUUGGCAGGUUUCGGGCCGCCUCUCAAAGAAUACCCAGAAAGAAACCGGAGGCAACGCGAAAGACCACGGGCCCGCACAAGAGGGCGCUGCUUUUGGCCUGAUGCUCCAAGCCUGGCAGCUGGCCCGCGCUAGGUCGAUGCCUCCGCCGGCUCUUGAGGUGUCCCCCGAUACAGGAACGACUAGCAAAGAAGCUACUUCAGAUUCACGGAGUGCGCCUAGGUAGCGGAAAAAUAAAAUCUAUCUGAGUCAGUGUGCAGGAAGCGCACUUGAUCACCAUUUCAGCAUGAAAGAACUCAGAUCCUGUGUGCAAUGGCAAUAUUUCUGAAGAUUUUGAUUUUGCUAAAGGUAUUCUAUUAGAUUAAAUUACGGGAUGAAGGAGCCCUUCCCCGCUAUCCACGAGUAUAGCGAAGCCGCUAUAGGAAACGCACAGACGCUCUCGCAAAUGAUGCUCUCAAACAUCUACGCUUCAAAAUCGGUCCCAGGACCAUCGAUGUAUUUU